AUGUCGGGCGCAAGGCAUUGGGAGCAGGACAAAGAGGCUACUGUCUACAUUGGCAACCUCGACGAACGAGUAACAGACAGCCUAGUAUGGGAACUUAUGCUCCAAGCUGGCCGCAUCGUCAACGUCCACUUGCCCAAAGAUCGAGUUACGCAGACACACCAAGGCUACGGUUUCGUCGAGUUCAUUAGCGAAGAAGAUGCCGAAUAUGCUGCUAGAAUUAUGAACCAAGUCCGCCUUUAUGGAAAACCGAUUCGCGUGAAUAAGGCUUCUGCAGAUAAACAGAAGACGGUCGAAGUUGGCGCUGAGCUUUUCGUUGGAAAUCUUGAUCCUAUGGUCUCGGAGCAGGUACUUUACGACACAUUUAGCAGAUUUGGAACUUUGCUUUCCUUGCCGAAGAUUGCCAGAGAUGAUGCCAAUCUAUCCAAGGGUUAUGGUUUUGUUUCAUUCGCCGACUUUGACGCUUCCGAUGCUGCUAUCGCGAAUAUGCACGGACAAUACUUAAUGAAUAAGGAAGUAUCGGUUCAAUACGCCUACAAGAAAGACGGCAAAGGUGAAAGGCACGGUGACGAAGCAGAGCGAAUGCUUGCUGCUCAGGCUCGCAAACACAAUGUCCAGCCACAAACUCAACCACUACCUCCGCAAAUGAUGGGACAGACACCAGGGCAAGGAAUGAUACCCGGCGCGGUGGUUCCAGAUGGAGGACGUCCCAUGCCUGCUGGCGGGCCACCUGACUUCGCCGCAGGUAGAGGUCCUAUCCCUAUUCAAGCCCAACAGCCCCCUAGACCUGGACCUCCAGCACAGCCAUUAUCUGCACCUCAUCCGGGUCUGCCAGCGCGUCCACCUCCAUCUCAAGCUGGAUUUGGUGGUCCUCCUCCGCCACAAGGCUUUGCUCCACCUGGCUUCGGGAACACACCUCAACAGUCUGGCUUUCCGCCGCAGCCUCCAGCAGGGUUUGCUCCUCCGGCUGGAUUUGGAGGCCAAAUGCCCGGCUCACAAGCAGUCCCGCCGCCAUUUCCUCCAGGCUUUCAACCACCUGGAUAUGCUAGGGCCCGCUGA